AUGUACCAUUAUCUCAAAAGAGUUUCUAUUGGAUUGUGUUUGUUCCAGACAACUUAUUCUGACAAAGGACCAAAGCCGACUACCGGAAAAUUCUUGAACUUCGACCACUUAACUUUCAACGUAUCCAAUGCCAAACAGGCUGCAUCUUAUUAUAUUACCCGUCUAGGAUUUGAACCUCUCGCAUACAAAGGCCUCGAAACAGGAAGCAGGCAAUACGCACAUCAUGUAGUACGACAAAAUGAGAUAAUUUUUGUGUUUGUAUCACCUUACGAGCCUGAUGAGAAGGACUUGAAUGCGCAUAUCGCCAAACAUGGAGAUGGUGUGAGAGAUGUAGCGUUUUCAGUUGAAAACUUGGAUGGGAUCAUUUUGAAAGCCAAACAAAAUGGUGCUAAAAUAAGGAAGGACAUUUGGGAAGAAUCAGAUGUCCAUGGAACCGUUCGUCUUGCCAAGAUACAAACGUAUGGAGAUGUAACCCACACUUUAAUCGACAGAAGCAACUACAGAGGAGCUUUCUUGCCAGGAUUCGUUAAAACCGAAGAAGAUGCUUUAGGAAAAAACCUGCCGCCAGGCAAACUGGACUUCAUCGACCAUGUGGUGGGGAACCAGCCUGACGGCGAAAUGGAAUCAGUCGCCAAAUGGUAUGAAAAGGUUUUGCAAUUUCAUAGAUUUUGGUCGGUUGAUGAUUCUCAAGUAUUCACCGAAUAUUCAUCUUUGAGAUCCAUCGUAAUGAGCAACUGGGAAGAGAAUGUAAAGAUGCCAAUUAAUGAACCUGCAGAUGGGAAGAAAAAAAGUCAAAUCAAAGAAUAUGUGGAAUACUAUGGAGGAGCUGGAGUACAGCAUAUUGCUCUAAACACUCAGGACAUCAUUUCCAGUAUAAGAAACUUGAAAUCCCGUGGCAUGCAAUUUCUCAAGAUACCCGACUCCUACUAUGAGAUGCUGAAGGAAAGACUGAAGCACUCCAAAGUUCAAAUCGCUGAGGAAUUGGACAUUCUGCAAGAACUGAAUAUCCUGAUCGACUAUGACGAUGAUGGAUAUCUCCUGCAAAUUUUCACCAAGAAUAUGCAAGAUAGGCCCACGUUGUUUCUCGAAGUGAUUCAGAGAAGAAAUCACAAUGGUUUUGGUGCAGGAAAUUUCAAAGCCUUAUUCGAAUCCAUUGAGUUAGAGCAAGGCAAAAGGGGGAACCUCUGA